UAGAUAACUUGGGAUCGUGCUGAUGAAAAGCAUCUGUGAGGCUGAGGGGGGACGCGCACGGAGUUGAUCCGCCCUUCCUCCCCCGCGUCUGGGAGGCAGCGCUGCCCCUCAGCCUGGGAUGGCACCAGGAGGGCAGCAGCACGCAGGAGCUGCCCUCCAUCCGCUGGAAGUCCUCUCACUGCCCUCAGCCGGAUUUAACCUACUUGCCGCACCGCAGAUGCAGCAGACAGUAAGGCUUGCAGCUGAAGGUAGAAUGGGCCAAACCUUCUGGUCCCUUCUGUAACUCUGGAAAUGGAUCCGACAUCCGUGCACACAGAAAAAGACAAUGAGGUCCAUCUAACGGGCUUGGGCCAGGCCAGUGAGAAGAGGAUGCCACAGCGCCCCCUCUGGAAGCUGCCGUGCCACUGUCCAACUGCCCCCCCACACUUCUCUUCCUGGAUGAUGGAGGGAGAACCCUUCAGCUCUGCUCUCUCUUCUCUGCUGUACUCUGCCGGGGGACACUUGGUCGCCCUCUCUUCAUCCUCGACUUCAUCUUCCUCUUCGUCUUCGUCUGAUUCAGCCAUUGCUGCAAUGUCACUGGAGCAGAAGACAACUUUUGCCUUAGUCAUUUUCCUCUUUAUUUUCCUCCUCAUCCUCAUUGUGCGAUGCUUCCGUAUCCUGUUAGACCCAUACCGGAGUAUGCCGACCUCCACGUGGGCUGAUGGUCUUGAUGGUUUGGAGAAAGGCCAGUUCGACUACACUCUGGCCUAGGGCGUUAUACAAAAUAUACACAUUGCCCGUUCUUGUACUUUUUCAUUUCACACUGCCUUUUUCAGAUGAGCACACAUAGGUAUUUUGCCUUACAUUUAAUACAGCAAAAGUGGAUGUAUCAUAACUUGAAACUAUUAUACACUACAGGACAAAGGUUUGGAAGCAAGAUCAGAUUUGUACAAAAAAAGAUCAUAGUUUCAUAGCUAUACUUUGCAACAAAAUAAACAUUAUUAUAUAGAGUCACUCAUCAGAAAACAAUUUUACUAUAAUUAUCAGGGUAUUUGGAUUUUUCUUGCUGAGACUUUGCUUUCUUCAAAGUAACUUCCUCUGGCUUUAACAACAGCAUGGCAUAAACGAGGCAUUUGUUGCACACAUUUUCUAAAGUAUGUGCCAGGAAUUACAUUCCAAGCUUUCUUAAGUUCAUCAGUGAGAGACCGUUGAUUCAUGGCACACACUUUUCUGACUGAUCAAUCCAAUUCGUCCCACAGAAGCUCAACUGCAGAGAGAUCUGGACACUGAAGGAGCCAAAUCAUCAUUCGAAGAAUACAUUCCUCUUCUUUUUUGUCUAGUAACCCUGACAGAGCUUGGAAGAAUGCUUAGGGUCAUUAUCUUACUGUAAAACAAACUUUCAACCCACAAGUCUUAGUCCAGAUGGAAGUGCAUGAUGCUGGAGGAUGGAGUUGUACUUUUCGGUCUUUAUGAUACCCUUUACCUCAAACAAAUCUAUUACUCUAUCACCCGCAAAAAAAAUCCCCAUACCAUGGCACUACCACCUCUAUGCUAUAGUGUGGGUGUUUUGCAUGGUGCUGUAAGAUUUUCACCAGUUUGUCUGCGGACGUAGACUCUGCUAUUUCAACCAAAUUGUUCAAAUUUGUUGUCGUCGGUCCAGAGAACUUGUUUCCAGUCAUCAUAGAUCCAAUUUUUGUGUGCUCUUGUCCACUCAUGUCUCUUUUUAUUGUUCUUUGGAAGAAAAAAAAAUAUAUAUAUAUAUAUAUAUAUAGUUUCUUUUUUGCAGAUGCACAACCCUUCAGACCAGCCUUUCUUAAAAGUGUUUGCACAAUUGUCAGAGAUAUGGGCUUUGACCAUUUCAUAUUGAUUUUCUCCCUUAUUUGUGGUCCCGUUUCCAGCCGAUCUCUUUUACUGGUGACAAUGACAUGUUUAUCCUCUGCUUUUGUAGUAACGCUUUUGCUUCCAGACCUUUUUCUAUCAUUAUAACUUCUAGUUUCUUCUCCUCUCUUUAGUGUGGAAUCAAUCAAGAAUUAAGAUUCAAGAAUCUUUGUUGUCAUUGUGUUUCCAUGCAGCAAAAUUAUGAUUGGUAACUUCCAGCUAGGGCUGGAGUAGUGGUUGGCACUUUCGCCUUGCAGCAAGAAGAUCCCUGGUUCAAAUCCCAGCCUGGGAUCUUUCUGCAUGGAGUUUGCAUGUUCUCCCUGUGCAUGCGUGGAUUUUCUCCGGGCACUCCGGUUUCCUCCCACAGUCCAAAAAUAUGCUGAGGUUAAUUGGUUACUCUAAAUUGUCCGUAGUUGUGAGUGCGAUUGUUUGUCUGUAUGCGUAGCCCUGCGACAGACUGGCGACCUGUCCAGGGUGUCCCCUGCCUUCGCCCAAGUAAGCUGGGAUAGGCUCCAGCACCUCCCGCGACCCUAGUGAGGAUAAAGCGGUGUAUAGAGAAUAGAUGGAUGGAUGGAUAUCCAGCUAUAGAAAAAAAAGCCGGGAGCUCCAAGCUGCUGCGUGCAUACAUGCUGCCAUCUUUACAACAGUAACAGUAGUGAACACCUUUGUUCAGCACCAUUAGGUGUUUUGCAAUUUGUCUUUGACUGUAUCCUUCUUUCUUCAAUGUACAAAUCUCUACUCUCAUUUCUUUACUCAGUUGUUUCUUUCUAGCCAUUUCUGUGGUAUUUUGUCAGUAAUAUGGACAGAGUUGAGAUUUAUUGGGAUUUCUGUAUGCAAACUUUCAAAAGCCAAAGAGCUAAAGGGAAUAAUGAAAACUGAUUAGUUUUUUUUUUGUUUGUUUGUUUUUUACCUUUGCACUUAAAUUGUGACUCUUGGAUAUCUUUUCAAUGCUAAAACUAAGCUGUUAUUCAUUUGUUAAGAUUUAUUCAGCAGUUUUCUGGUAACUUCGAUGUGUACUUAAAGGUAAAUUGAGGAAAAUGGUGCAUGUCAACAAAAGCAAAGUCUGAUCAUGCAGUAAAUACAUCCCAAAAUCCAUAGAAUUCCUAAUUAUUUUUGACAAAGGUAUUUUGAACAGAAACUUGAAGUUUCGUCAUUUUGUUGUAGACCUACAAAUAAUGUGAAAGUUUUAGGAAUGAAAAACUUUUACAAGAUAUGCAAGAAAUUCUGAUAUACAACAUGACGUAAUAUUUCAGAUUCUGUGUGACCAGACUAGUGACCAUGUUAACUUCUUUGUACAAAGCUCAGAUUUCCUUCAGUCGGAUCCUUCCCACUCAUCUGGAUCUCAUCGACUCAUCAGAGGCUUGUUCAACUAAAUCAACCUGCAAUCAUUGUUUACUUAGAAAUAUGACUGGGCCUCAAGUUUCCAACAAAAUAUUGCUCACAAAGUAGCAUUGUGAUGGUACGAAACAUGGUCUCAAAACUAAAUGAAAGUGUCAGUUGUCAGACUGCUAUUCUGAACAAAGAAGUGCUUUCUUUUUAUCCAAUUAUGGCUGGACUGAAGGUUUCUAAAGGGGAAGUAUGUGGAGCUCUAAAACACUGUGUGACUACUGGAUCAGUUGGGUCCAAAUUAAUAUCAGGUGGAUCAAAAGUGAGCACAACAUCAGAAGAUCAACGCAUCAAGUAUUGAGAGGUACAGAAUCAGCUUCAUCACAGGUACAGAAUUCACAAAAUAAAGAACACAAGACUGUAGUCAGGAGAAGUCCUGUCAAAAGAAGGCUGUUUUGUAGUGGUCUGAGAAGAUGAAGAGCGUCUCUAAACCACUCCUCAGUGAGAGAAAGUUGGUGUGAAAGUGUUUCCUGAUACUAUAAAGUGGACUGUCAUAGAGUGAUAUAUAAUUUUGUUUAAAUAUGGAAAUAACAGCACACAUUUAAAGUCUCUGUUUGAAAACACUGAUCGCCAUAUUGUCACACCAGGCUGUCCACAUAUUCACAUGAAAGACAAAUGUUUCAAGAAUGAAAAGAAGAGCUGAGAGAGAUUUAUUUCUUUCCCCUGCACAGUAAUCCAGUCACUGUGGGUCUGAAUAUGAGUUUGGGUGUCAGGAUUCUAUGAAAGAUGAUGAUGAAAGGAGACACUAAAACUUGGCAGCAUUUCUUGGAGCUGUAACUGUUCUGUUCUACUGUGGUACUUGCGCCAAAGGUGCUCCUUACAGAAAUGUUUUAAAAGCACUUUUGUAAUCAAACAAUUCAGUGAGGUAGGCAUCAGGGUUUUAUGCUAACAGGGUAUGAGUGUUGAGAUUUAAAAUGAGGUUGAAGUUGAAUUCUGCCAUGCACAAGCAUUACGACCAUGAUCAUUUUAUAGAUUAUUGGUUGAUGAAGAUUAUUGAUAGUGGAAAUUGUCCACUAAGAGGCAGAUCAUCUCUGGUAAUCUAUAGUGGUGGCAUUCAGAGCGUAUAGGAUUGUUAAGGUAAACAGCAGAAAAAACAAGCUGCAUUUAUUUUACUGACAAUUCUUGUGAGGCUUCAUAAUCUGCUGCUGUCCUGUCUUCCCAUACUCAUACACUGACCACUCUGUUCAUGGGUUUAAUUGUACAAUGUGGAUCCAGAGCUUUAAAUAUAUGAAUGCACAUCACCAAAGCACAAACAUCACACUCCACACAUGUGUAGCGAGCAGUUGGUCAGGUGUUCAUCCUACAGCAAGGUAAUGACCUAAAACAUAAGUCCAAGCUAUACCAGAACUACCUUAGGAAAAAUGAACAAGAUGAUCUGCUUAAAAACAUGGAGUGGCUAGCACAGUCUCCAGACUUAAACCCCAUGGAGAUGGUUUGGGAUGGACUGGUCAGAAGAGUGAAAGCAAAGCAACCUACAAGUGCCGCACAUUUGAUUUCCUUUGUGUAAACAAUGCCACGAGUGUUUCAGCUGUUAUAUCUGCCACAGGUAGCUGCUUUGAUGACUCAAAAGCAAUGUUGUGUACAAAAAGGGAAGUUUCAGCCAAGUUUUGGCUAUCUUUUUUUUUUUUUUUUUUUGAGAAAUAGUGCUGACAAAAAGUAUUAAAAGUUACUGAAAGAAUAACUUGGCAUCUUGAGCAUUGAUUUGCCACCUUUACAUAAUGAUCUAUAAUCAAAAAGUAUGCAGCUAUUCAACCCUGUUACCCUAAUUUUAACCCUGUGACCAUAUCAUUUUAAUUGAAAAUAAUCAUAAAUUCCUUUCUCAGCUCAAAAGGGUUUGGCCCAUUGUCCUUUAAAGAGUUUAAGUAAUUAUAUGCAUAAUGUGUUAGAGUAAAUAUUGUAAAAUAAAUACUUAAAUUAAUUAGUUAAGUGAAACAUGCCACUUUUGAAAGGUUGAACAAGAUAGAUUUUGAAAAUUACUUAAAUUAUUUUAAAUCAAGUCAUGUGUGAAACCAAAUGGUUAUUCAGAGAGAACAUUACUUUCUUUCCUUAAUGGAAAAGGAAUUAUAUUUAACAAAUGAAAUAAUGUACUUUUUUCAUGUUCCUUAGUGUUGGUAACAGGGUUGCACCAAGUAUAGCAAACAACAAAUAAAACAUGUAAUAAAGUGGUACCAUUGAUGUGUAAGCUGAGCCAAUUAAGCCUUUGAUAGUUUAUUACCUGUUAUUAAUGAAUAUGUAGCAGAAAAUUAUAAAAGAGAAAGUUUGGUUUUCCAAAAUUUUGAAGCCCAAAUGUCCUCCAAUUUUGGAAUGAUCCAUAGCCUAUAUGCAGAUAUCAUAUAUAGGUAGUCUUAGCUGCAGUAACACAGUUGGUUAGUAAUCUGUAAACUGGUAAAGUUUCAGUUGUUUUGUGGCACAUGCAUAAAAACAGUUUAAGUCUAAUAGAUCUAUGGUGCUUCCCAGAGGGCGGCAAAGUGAGCAGGUGGUUGCCUGGGUGAGAUGAAAUCCCACCAGGACUCACCGUCUUCACUUUACUGAUGAUGUUCAAUGCUGGCUGAUGUUAGCACUUGGUGGAAUCAUAGGUUGUGGGUGGAAUAUACAGCCAUGACAGUGAACUCCUGCUGCAGAUUACAUGGCUGGCAUUUUAAUGUAAUAAACUCCAUAUCUGGUGAA